AUGGGCCCCUGUACCGCCUCCCCAUGCUGCUGCCAGGCCCGUAAUCUGCCAUGGGCCCCCGUACCGACUCCUCAUGCUGCUGCCAGGCCCGUAAUCUGUCAUGGGCCCCUGAACCGCCUCCUCAUGCUGCUGCCAGGUCCAGAGUGUGUCAUGGGUCCCUGUACGGCCUCCCAUUGCUGCUGUCUCUAUCGCCACACUCUGCCAUGUGCCACUUUCAGGUCUCCUCACACUGCUGGUGGUUUCCAUUUUUGUCAUAGGGUGCUGUAUGGCCUCCCAUUGCUGCUGCCUCCACCGCCACACUGUGGCUCCACACUCUGGUUUUGGCCCCGUGACUGCCCAAAUGAGUGAAGUGUGCGGUGAUUCUAAGAUCGACGGCACUCAUCUGCAUGUCAUACUGACUGACAGUAUUAUUUCUCUUCCCCAGCAGACUCCAAGGGCAUUUAAAUUAAAGGUACAGUGUUCUGCACUAAUAUUA